UUGACAUAUGAUAGUGAGGUUAAAAUCAAGAUGAACUAAGUAAAAUAUUAUUAUUAUUAUAAUAAGAAGGAAAAACAAAAAAAUCACACAUUAUUAUUAUUAGAAGAAAAGUUGCAUUUGAAAUGAAUAAUCUAGAAGAACUUCAGUGUCAUUUAGUAGGUUUAGAAAACUCAGAGAAUCAAAUUGCAUUUGAUUAUUCAGACGGUUUGAUCUGUUCUAUAGAAAAAAAUCGGUUAAUAGUAUAUAGAAAUAACAAAUCUACUGAAAAUCGAUCUAUUCAUACAAUAAAGGCAACUGGCACCUUGCAGUAUGUAAAAUUUUUGUCAAUGUUUGACAUUGUAUUUUUAGCAACUGAAACUGACCUGAUUUUAUAUGAAGUUGAAACUAAAAAAAUACUGUUCACAUUAACAGUUGAUAGUCCAAUACUUAAUCUUGCUUGGAAUCCAUUAGCAACACUUCUUGUUGUUAUUCAUGAGAAUUAUGAUGUAACUUCAUAUGUAUAUACAAAACAAUUUAUUGAACUGAGAGAUAAAUCCAACUUGAAUGCUGCAGUUCCCAUUCCAGUACUAUCAGGUUGGGGUUCAAUAAAUACACAAUUUCAAGGUCCUAAAAAGGCUAAGAAACCUACUGAAAAUGAAGCAGAAGUCACAGAAGUAGUUUCUGACACUUCCCCACAAAUAUGUUGGAGAGGAAAUGGAGAAUCAUUUGUAGUAAACUAUUACUUAGACAAUCAACGGUUUCUUAAAGUAUUUCAUUCUGACUUAGAGGCAUUAAAUCAGUCAGAACCUUAUGCAAAUCUUCAGGACUCUGUUGCAUUUAUGGGCCAAGGACAAUGUAUUGCAUGUUGGGCUGUCAAAAGAAGCAAGGAAAUUCAACUAGUUAUUUUUGAGAAAAAUUGUAAAGUGAAAGCUGAGUUUGAUAUGCCAGAAAUUCAGGGUUCCAUUAAGAAAAUACUCUAUCAUUCUCAGAUGAAUAUGUUGGGUAUUUUGUAUGUCGAUAAAGAAGAUAAUAAUUUUAUAAACAUCUAUUUAUAUUCCAAUGGUCGAUGGUUCUUUAAACAACAAUUAUAUUAUCCACCAGCCGAGAAAGUUUAUAGUUUUCAAUGGCUAAGUUUGCAAGAAAAUUUAUUUACAACAUGUAAAUUGGUAGUAUUUACAGUGAAAAAUAUAGAAUGCCAUUAUUUCCGUUUCGUCAUAAGCAGGUGUCCGAAUACAGCGACUGUUGCAGUGAUUAAUGGAAAAGAAAUCAAUUUUAGCUUCUUCGAUAAGAAGAUUAUACCUCCACCGCUAUCAUCCUGUUCUUUUACACAUGAAAACCCUGUGAAUAGGAUUUUUUUUCAUCCUUUUAAAAGCAUGUGUAUUUUAAUAGAUUCUUUCUACCAAAUAAAACUUUUGAAUAUUGGAAAUGAUGUGAUAGAAGGAAUCACUUCGUUAAAUGACCACAAGUUUGGUGCAAGCAAUCAAAUUUUGUCAUUUAUGUGGGAAGAGAAUGAGGCAAGAGUGAUAUUGAAAACAGAGAAAAAUAUAGACACAAUUACCAAGACGCACAAUGAAAUGUCCAUUAUAUUGGAAACUAAAACUUCUAGUCCCUGUAUUACUUUACCAUAUAAUGACACUCAACUUGUGUUACCUAUGAAAACGUUAGAUGUGACCAACAAUUAUAUUUAUUUAACAAAACAUAUUAUUCAAGAUAAUGGCAAUGAAUUGAGUUUUGAAUUCGCUUUAUCAGAGAACCGAGAAUUUUAUGUAAAUGAUACAUUAGUAUGUUCAGGAGUGACGUCAUUGUAUGUCUUUAGGGGAUACUUGAUAUUCACACAUUCCAAUUCAAAACUGUAUUGUAUACGUUUACGUGAUCAUUUCUCAUAUACAAGCGACAUUGAUCUAAAUAAAAUAUUUAACAGAGAAAUCGAACAAGGUGCAAUAUUAGUAGCUUGCACCAACUUGAUAUCACCACAAAUUAUUUUGCAAAUGCCAAGAGGUAACAUAGAAACAAUAGCUUGUAAAAUGAUUACUGUAGAUGUCAUUGAGGAGAUGUUGAAAGAAAAUAAGUGGGCAGAAGUUUUGCAUAUUUUAAGAAUAGAAAAAGUAAAUUGGAAUGUCCUUAUAGAUCUAAAUCCUGAAAGAUUUCGUGCUAAUAUCGAAGAUUUUGUAAAAUCUGCCAAAAAUAACACUAUUUUAAGUAAUAUCGUAACUGAAUUCUCUCUAGAUGAUAACUGCUUUGAAACUUUUUAUAAAAAUUAUUCACCGUUCACAACGCCCAAAUUUGAUUAUGAUAAAAAAUCGAUAAUAAUUGACAUAUUGAAUUAUUUGGUUUCUACAGAUUGUAUUAAUAAUUUGCAGAGCAUAGUAGCGAUACAACAAAAACAUAUUUCUUUAAAAUCUGCGUUAAAAUCAGUAAAAGAUGUUUUUGUGUCUGACAAACUUCGGAAUGAAUCUGUCUGUGGUAAAGCUAUAAAACAAUUAUUAAUACAGGAACAUUUUAAAGACAUUGAAAAUGUUGCUUAUAAUUUGUAUGAUUUAGACUUUUUAUCAUUAGUCUAUCGCAAUAGCCUGGAGGAUCCAAAAGUUUACGAUCCCGAAAUCAAACAAUUUAGAAACAUGAGUAUAUUGGAAAGGAAAUUUAAAAUGAGUAUUCGUGGUCGAAAUCUUGGAGCAGCCAUAAGGUAUUUGUUACGUUGGGAGACAGCAGAGGCAGAUUUUAUUCAAGACUUUAUAAUUAAAAACCGUUUGGAAGAUAAAGCUUACUUUAGCAUAGAUAUUUCCAACAGACAUUUUGUACUGGUUUCCCGUUUGUAUGCAAAAACGUUGUCCAUUUUGAAAAAAUAUGGUGAAGCUGGAAUACUUUUAAAAAAAGCUAAAUUGUAUGAAGAGGCUUUGUUGGAAUAUAAAAAAGGGCUUGAUUGGAGAGAAGUAAUUGCUUUGUGCUCAAAAUUACAAUAUGGACCAGAGGAAAAAGUUAAGGUCAUUGAAGAAUUGAUUUAUGAUUUAAUAAAAGAAAAACAAAUCGAUGAUGCUGUGAUAUUAUUGGAAACUCACAAUAACAACUAUAAAGGUGCUAUAGGGGUUCUCGUUCAACAUAACGUUUUUAGAAGAGCAAUAUGUUUAGCGGAAACAUACAGGGAACAUAAUUUAAUAGAAAGUGAAAUAAUUCCGAAAUUAUUGGAGUAUAUGGUGUUUUUGAUGGAGAAAAUUGAUAACUAUAGAAAACAGUUUGAAAGUUAUUCUAACCGUUUGGAUGUUAUUCGAGCUGAGAGAAUCUCAAAAUUACAUAUGAUUUCUCUAGGAGUAUAUGAUGAUCAAGAUGAUUUAUAUUCAGACACAUCCAGCCACGUUGCAUCAUCAUAUUCCAAGGCUACUUCUAGAUCAAGGGGAUCUACUUUAUCAUCAAGGAAUCGUCGAAAGGAGGAAAGAAAAAAAAUCGAUCUUAAAGAAGGCGGAUAUUAUGAAGAUAUAGCUCUGAUACGAGCACUACACAUUCUAUACGGUGAAGUUUUUAAUUUUGGAGAAGAAAUUAAAGAAAUUUGCUUAGCUGGAUAUGAACAUAAUCUAGAAUUAACAAUUAAUUUGCAUAAAACCUUGUCCGCCUUACAGGAUAGUAUGAUAGCAAGAAUUUCGAAGAUUUGGUCUGAAGUGUUUAUUAAAGAAGAGGAAUCUAAUGAUUAUUCUAUUUUGGCCAUCAUACAGAACAAACAAGAUUUAGAUCCAGAAUAUCGAAGCCCUCCAUCAGUUUCCAGAGCUAAAUCUUGGAGGUUGGAGAUAUUUCCUUAGGAUAAUUGUAAUAUUUUGUAUGUUAUAAAAUUUUUUAUACAAUAUAAAACGAUUUGACAA